AUGGCUGGUAAGCUGCAACAGGAUGGCGAGACUGAACCAAAGCAAUUCCCUAUGACCGAGCUUUUCAGGUCACUAAUUGGCAAAGGAAAAAUGCAAUUGAUAUUUUUCCUCAUCUUUUUGCUGUUUUUCCCCUUCUUGGCUCCCUUCUUAAAGGAUUUCAACGACACCUUACAAUGAAGAAUUGCUAGUAACCCCAACUACCCAUGGCCAAAGUACGACGAUUUGUGGUUGGCUUGCUAUUCUUGUAUAAUUCUUAUAGGCUUAAUGCUUCUGUUUAAAUUUUCUCUAAAGCCUCUUGCUGAAAGAAUCAUUGUGCCAAGAUACACAGGGAAAGAAAGAACGACCAGGGCAGAAAAACUUGUAGAGUCUUUGUUUAAGGCCCUUUACUUUACCUUUUCUGUUGUCUUUGGGUAUUGGGUUGCAAAGGACUCUUAUUUUUUGUCUUGGAAGUUGGGUGGGAAAGGUGAUGUGAAUUUGAUGUGGACCGAUUUUCCACUGGAAAACAUUAAAAAAUGUAAAAAAAAUAAUUUUUUUAAAAAAUAUGUAAAUUUAUCGGAGUCAUUUUCCAUUCCAAAGCACUGAAACUUUUCCUUAUAUCAGGGAAUACUUAAUGAUCCAGCUCGGAUAUCAUACUCAAUCCUUUAUAGUGCACAUUUUAAGUAAGCCUAGAAAUGAUUUCAUGGAAAUGCUUCUGCAUCAUUCGCUUACUAUUUGCCUAUUGACGUCAGGAUAUUUAAUGAACUACGUCGUUAUGUCUCAUUUAGUUCUUUUCGUUCAUGAUAUACCUGACUUGUUUGUGUACUUGACUAGAAUAUUUAUGGAUACAAAACAUAAAAAUAUUACAUUUUUAUCGUAUAUAGGAAUUAUGAUUUCUUGGGCGUAUUUGAGAUUGUAUAUUUACCCAUUUGAUCUAAUAAGAAUGGGGAGCUUUUAUGAUAACCCAGUAAGCCACGAAAUUUAUGGGAUGGGAAUCUUGUCAGGGAUGGUCCAUGUGUUGCUGCUUAUGCAUAUUUAUUGGUAUGUUCUUUUAAUCCCCCCAAUCCCAUCCGUGAGCGAACAAAAUCAUUCGAAAAAUCCUUAUUUUUUGCAUAAAAACUCAUCCUCUGUGAGCGAUAAAAAAUUUUAAUAUAAAUUAAUUUUAUUUAAAAAAAUUCAUAUAUCAGUGCAAAAAAAUUUACCUCUCACAAAAAGUUUUUUUUCGCUCACAGAUCACAGAGGGAAGCAGUUAGUAAAAAUGGGAUUUAAAUUCGUAAUGACUGGAGUACCAGCUGACACUCAAAAGAAGCUUAAUGAGGAAUAA